AUGGAAUCGGAGGUAUUCGCGGGAAACCAGGAGCGAGCGUCGCUCCUCUCGUCGUCCACCGCUUCGUUGAUCUUGAUCUCGAUGCCGACGUUGUCCGCGGGAGCCACGUCGGGCAUUUUAGCCCGCGAAUUCCCCGAUUCGAUAGUUCACAGAAAUGGCGACCGCCGUGCCAUCGAGAUUCGCAGUUCUCAGCAUUGAUGAUGAUGAUUGUAAACCGAAGAAAACUCAGAAGAAUGUUACUACCGGUAAGACGAAUCAAAAAUCUAAAACCGACAAAUCAAAACAGCAGCAGCAACCAAAAAAGGAUGACAAGAAAAAACAAAAUAAGGUAUGAUACAUGUAAUCUUUAUUGUUUUUCUCUUGUUUUUGAUUAGCCGGUAAACCGUGUAUAGUAUAUGUAAACCGUGGCGGGACUUUAUAUUUUGAAAUGAACUUAAAUAUUGAUUUUGACGUUUAAUGAUAUACGUAAUAAAUACGUAGUGUAAUGAACUUGAAUAUGUUUUAAAAUAUAAAAAACAAAUCAGUUUAUAAUUGAUAAUACAAUUUAUGUCAGUCAAACUGGUGACUUGUGAGCCAACUGUGCUCUAACUAGUAUCCCUUUUUUUGGGCCAUAAAAGAAAGGUUCCCUCCCCUCCAUAUCUUUGUUGUUUCCUUCUCCUCCGGAAUCUGCAUCGUUUUUGUAACCAAAAUUAAAAAUAUUUUCAUAUCAAUUUUAUUAAAUAUAAUAUAAUAUAGAAGUAUGUAAUAAUUAAUUGUCGAGAUCUCGAUCCAGUCACAAAUUACUGA